GUCUACACCGAAAAGUUGUUCUGUUUGUAGGUGUGUGCAAACCUACAAACUGCCGCAGGUUAUGCGAAGAGGCACGCAUAAGUAUGUCCUCGUAUCGCGGCGAGUCGGACGCGUGGGACGGCGGCCCUCCUGGCGCCGAGGCGGACUACGCCCCGCAGCGCGCCCUCCCGCAGGCCGCGCCUUUGCCCACCACAGACCCCUGGACCGGUGUCAGCUAUAGUCAGUACGGCCAGCCCUACGACUAUCAGGCUUACGGGGCCUCCGGUUACGGUUAUAAUUACGAUGCCUCGUACUAUCAACGGGAUAGUGGCUACUACGACAGUUCUAGGGGAUCAUAUCCUCAGCAGCAGGGCAGCUACAACUACAGCAGGUCCUACGACAACUCCAAAGCACCCGGUGGACCUUCUCGAGAUGGUUUCGAACGCUCUCGCCGCUCAUACGACCGCAGCGGGUCGCCUUAUAUCAAACGAGAGAGAGAAUAUUCUAGGCACAAGGAAACUAGCUAUGAAAACUCUAGACGGCAGAAAUCUAGGAGCAUCUCCAAACCGAGGCGUCGCAAAUAUUCAUCCAGUGACCAAUCAAGCUCCCGGUCUGGAUCAUAUUCUAGAGUCAAAGUGAAGACAGAAAAACGAUCCGCUUCAUCGGCAUCUUCGGAUUCUAAUAGAUCAUAUAAGAAAGCAUCAUCCAGCAGAAGAGAUCAUUCCAGUAGGACACCACCACCAAAAGUAAAAUCUUCCCAUGUUCGUUGUGAUUCUAAAUCACCUUUAGAUAAAAACUAUGAUAAAAAUAAGGAACCUAAAGUUAAGAGAGAAAUUGAUUCAGAAGAAAGAAAAAUGAUAAAAAGUAAACAAUCUAGGGAACGGAGGUCAAGAAAAGUAAGAACUCCACCGAGUAAGCCAGCAAAGACAGUGUCCCCAAAGAGGUACAAAAGUACUGACAGAUCCUCAGUCACACCACCGAGAGCUUACAAAAGAUCUGUUACGCCCCAAAAAAAAAAGAGCAAACCAGUGGCAUCUAAAACUCCACCCAGACGCCCUAGAGAUGCCUCAGUGACACCCCCAAGAAGCUAUGCAAAGGCCCGUUCGGUUUCAAGAUCAAAAUCACAUUCAGGAUCAUAUACUCCUCCACGUAAACAUAUGAAAUCUCGCACGCCCAAGUCUCGAAGUAGGUCAUACUCCUCCUCCAGUCAUUCCACCCGUUCAUCUCGUUCACGGUCUAAAUCCAGCCGCUCCGUAAAGAAAUCGAAACACCGAUCAAAGAGCCGCUCGAGAGAUCGUAGCUCCAGCUCUAGAUACAAACUUAAAACCGCACCUUUUGAUCCGCGGUUCCCUAACCAGAACCAAACCAGGCACUGCUACCAGAGCUACCUGGACUUCCACCGCUGCCAGAAGGUGCGUGGUGAGACGUAUGACCCGUGCAACUACUUCAAGCGGGUCUACACAUCUCUGUGCCCCAAUGAGUGGGUCCAGAAGUGGGACGACCAACGCGAGGCUGGCACAUUCCCGGGCAGAAUUUAAAUAAAUGCUUGUGUAUUACAUAUUAUAUUAUUUAAUUUUGUUUUAGGAGCAAUAUAGAAUAAAUGAGUUACGGUUA